UCGGGGUCCGGGGCGGGCGUUCCCCGAUGACGCCCACUCCCAGCCUCGGCCGGCAAUCUAGCGGGCGGCGCUAGGACCUAGCCCAGUUCCGCCUCCUUCGGGAGACCCUCGGGAGCCUCACUUAGCCCUCUCCAAGUCCAUGCUCGGCCCUGGGGCCCAAAAUAGCCCGUGGCGCUCGCCUUACCCGCCUGAUCCUGGCAGAUGGCGGCUGCCCCAGAGCCUGCCCUGGUCCCUGCCGGAGGCGCCCCGUACAGGGAACCACCCCCAACCCGUUUCCAUGAGGUCCACGGGGUCAACAUCCGCGUGGACCCUUCGGGGACGCGGGCCACUCGCGUGGAGAGCUUCGCGAACGGCCUGUGCUUCAGCCGCGAGCCGCUGGCACCGGGCCAGGUGUUCCUGGUGGAGAUUGAGGAGAAGGAGCUGGGCUGGUGCGGCCACCUGCGGCUGGGCCUGACCGCCCUGGACCCCGGCAGCCUGGCCCCUGUGCCCGAGUACUCGCUACCAGAUCUGGUUAGCCUGGGCCGGAGCUGGGUCUUUGCCAUAACUCGCCACCACAACCGUGUGGCUACAGAGGGCGACGACGAGCCGCCAAGCCGCCCGCCAGGCCUGCUGGACGAGCCCUAUUUGCACAUUGAGCAGCUGCGAAUUCCCCGCGACCGCUUGGUGGGCCGAAGCCGGCCGGGCCGCUAUAGCCACCUGCUGGACCAAUUGUAUGAGCUCAACGUGUUGCCCCCUACGGCACGACGCAGUCGCCUCGGGGUGCUGUUUUGCCCCCUCCCAGAUGGCACUGCAGACAUGCACAUCCUCAUCAAUGGGGAGGACAUGGGCCCCAGCGCCCGAGGGCUGCCCACUACCCAGCCCCUUUAUGCUGUGGUUGAUGUCUUCGCGUCCACCAAGAGCGUUCGCCUGGUCCAGCUGGAAUAUGGGUUGCCAUCCCUUCAGACCCUGUGCCGCCUUGUCAUUCAGAGAAAUGUGAUACAUCGGCUUGCCAUCGAUGGGCUCCACCUGCCUACAGGGCUCAAGGAUUUCUGCAAGUAUGAGUGAGGUCCACACUACCUCCAAUGAACAGCUCUAGCCGUGGAUAGCAAUAAAAUUCACUUGUGCCUGGUUUCACAAUCUGAGGAGCACCUUCCCCUAGUGCCCUUAGAUAAUGGCCAAGUCAAUGAGAAAGCAAGUCCUACAGGGGAAUAGGCUCCUCAGGACCUUCAUGCCAGAAGUCAGAAUAAAAGGAUUGAUGAUUUUACAUUUUGAUGGUUCUUAGUAGAGCUUAUUGCCCUCCAGCCUUCUGAUGUGUAGCCAGCAUGUAAUGUUUUCCAAAUUUUUACAUAGUUUAUUUAGUCCUCAGCAUCUUUGAAGUAGGCAAGGAAUAUCCUCAUUUUAUAGAUGGGGAAUUUGAAGAUCUGGAGUCAAGAUGAUUUGGGCAAGGAUACUUGUUUAAUUUAUAAAACCAGGACAAGAACUGAGGUUUUUUUGUUUUGUUUUGUUUUUGGUAGGGGUGGGUUAUUCUACGUUUCUACAAGGCAUCUUAAAGACUGGAAACAUAAUCUAAUUAACCCUUUUGGCAAACUAUUUGGCAAGUUACUUUUUUUUUUUUACACCUCCAUCUAAAAAUGGUUUCCACAUUUUCAAAAAAAAGUAAAAACCAGACAGGAACCUGCCUGUCUGAUUUGGCCCUCUG